UUAAUUAAACUUCCCUCCUUUUUUUUCGCUCAUUUGCCGCUUCGCGCGUUUUAGAACAAAGGGAGACGGCGGCGCAUCAUCGUCGAUCAAUCGGGAGAGAGAGAGAGAGAGAGAGAGAGAUGAGCAGGUUGUAUUUUCCCUUCUCCAGAAUCUUCAGGCAGCUGGAGCGAGAGAUGGAAACUGUGGUGAAAGUACUGCAGCCUGGACCUUUAGGGAUCAUAGAACACAAGUUCUCUGCUGAAGAGAUACGCAAGGCAAAUGCUACAGUUCAGAGGGCAGUGGAAAACUGGCGACGGAAUGCGAUCCUAGAGCAGACAAAUCCUUUCUUGAAAGAUUACAUUCGGAAGUGAAGGAUCUGCUCAAGCCAUUUUUCAUGGGUAAUCGAACAACCAAACUUUUUUGAAUAGAAAACUUCUCUCUUCCUCAGCAGAACUUUUCACCAAAGUUGAAGAAAGGCUCUCUUAGUUUCUUCACCCUUUCGCUGUUUGCGAGAAGUUAGAACCUGUUUGCAGUGCAUUUAUCUCUUUCCUAGUUUUGUUUGUUAUGUGUUUUGAUUAAGAAGGAAAUGCUUUAUUUGGUUUAGUUUAAAUAAUUACUCGGUAGCGAAAUAUCCAUAUAUCCCAUCUUCCGCAGAUGUUAAAUUGUGGACACACUGUGUAAUGUUGACAUUGAUAAGGUAAUAAAAGUCUGCAUAUGUAUGUGCCGGUUGUAGUUA